AUGUCUCCACCAUUCCGUCGUGCGCCUUUUGUCUGUCGUUGCUGCCUCCAAGCAUCGCGCCGGUCUAUGACAUUGCCACCCAUUCACUACUCAACGCAAGCUGGCGCAUCUAAAACGAAGGAUCAGCAGUUGGAAGACACGACUAAAGAUGAGAAGCAAGAGGAUGAUAUACCGGUGUCUGAGAAAGAACUAGGGCCGAUGGCUCGGCGUCUAGAAGAAGCCACAGAGGAAGCUCUCUUCACAGGCGGAAGGGCUGGACGCCGAGCUGUAGAGGAUGCAGGAUUCUCAGAUGAAUUAAAGGAACGGCUUCUGAACAAGAUUGCCGAUGCGCAGUUCAAAUCGGAAAACGCUAGUGCCUUUGCAGAAGCCGGUCUCUCAUCAUCUGUGGGUGGAGGCACGCGGCAUAUUGCCUCUGCGCAGGCGUGGGCAGGGGAGGAACAUACGGCAGACACCGUACUCCGAAUGUUGGACGAUGCCAGAAAGCCUCUUGCUCCAGGUUUAAGGGGCAAAUACCAGCCACCACCUGUGGAUAUGCGAUUGCAGAAACAGCCGAGACGGUCCCCUGGAGAGAAGGUAGCCAAAGCUAGGGAUAGGGUCAAUACUUACGUAGGUAUGGGGGUCCAAAAGCCAAAUAACGGUAUGAGCGAGGACGAAAAAGAAGCAUGGCGAAAAGAACUGCAAGAACGCUUUGAGCCAGGGGCGAGAGCACUGCCAAACUCAAUCACAGGUCUUGCCGCCCUGGCAAACGAACGUAUCGAGAACGCCAUUGCGAGAGGACAGUUCAAGAACAUACCCCGAGGGAAGGAUAUCGAGCGUGACUCGCGUGCUGAUAACCCCUUCAUCGACACGACAGAAUAUAUCAUGAAUAAGAUGAUUCAACGACAAGACAUCGUCCCACCGUGGAUAGAGAAGCAGCAGGAGCUUGCAAAAGAGUUGGGAACGUUCAGAGGCCGACUGCGCAAUGAUUGGCGGCGAUUUGCGGCGAGAAUGAUUGCUUCCAGAGGAGGCUCGCUGCAGGAUCAGGUGCGUAGGGCGGAAGAGUAUGCAGCUGCGGAAGAAGUGCACAACCCAGUUUCACAGAAGAACGCCUUUGGGCAAGUACACGACAUUAAGACUGCUUCACCCAUGAUUGGAACACCUUUCCGCGACUCGGCCUGGGAACAAGCUGAAUUGAGUUAUCACAAACUAUCGAUCGAGCGUCUUAACGCUCUGACGCGAAGUUACAACCUCAUGGCGCCGGACUUGGCAAAGAAGCCGUAUUUUUCCCUCGAGCGCGAACUUAAGGCAUGUUUUGCUGAAGUUGCGCCCACGAUCGCUCAGGAGAUCCAGGAUCGUGCGACCGGCGGAAAGGCGAGGAGCUUGGGUGGGGGAGGUCAAGCAGGUAGGCAAACUAGCUUAUUGGAGACAUUGGCUGGCGGAGAUAACGUCAAGGUUCAUGUCGAGGCUCAAGAGAAGGCAUACGGACUAAAGGAAUGGUGGAGAGACGUGUGGAAGAAGACCUAA